AUGUCCCGCAACACGGCAUCGUCCAUGCUCGCCCUGCUCCUCACCCACCCCUUCGAGUUCCGCGUUCUCCUCCAAUACAAGCUCUGGCACGAGCCCAAACGCGACAUCAGCCAGCCCUCCGAGCAUGCCACCUCAGGAUGGGACCGCCCAACCAUGCGCCGCUGCUGGCACUUCCUCGACCUCACCAGCCGCAGUUUCUCGGGCGUCAUCAAGGAGGUCGAAGGGGACCUUGCGAGAGUGAUCUGCUUAUUCUACCUGGUGCUACGAGGACUGGACACGAUCGAAGACGACAUGACGAUCCCCGACGAGAAAAAACAGCCGCUGCUCCGACAAUUCCACAAACUCGCCGUCAAGCCCGACUGGACGUUCGACGAGUGCGGCCCCAACGAAAAGGACCGGCAGCUGCUGGUCGAAUGGACCGUCGUGAGCGAGGAGCUCAACCGCCUAGACCCACGCUAUCGGGAGAUCAUCCUCGACGUCACCGAAAAGAUGCAGUACGGCAUGGCCGACUACGCGCACAAGGCCGCGGCGACCGACGAGCUCUACAUCGAGACCGUCGACGAGUACAACCUCUACUGCCACUACGUCGCCGGCCUCGUCGGCGAGGGCCUCACCCGCUUCUGGGCCGCGUCCGGCAAGGAGGCCGCGUGGCUCGGCGACCAGCUCGAGCUCACCAACGCCAUGGGCCUCCUCCUCCAGAAGACGAACAUCAUCCGCGACUUCCGCGAGGACGCCGAGGAGCGCCGCUUCUUCUGGCCGCGCGAGGUCUGGGGCGCCGCGCUCUACGGCAAGGCGGUCGGGCGCGCAGGCGGCUUCGCGGACAUCACGGAGCUCUACACGCCCGGCAACGAGAAGCAGGCGCUGUGGGUGCUCAGCGGGAUGGUCGUCGACGUGCUCGGCCACGCGACGGACGCGCUCGACUACCUGCGCCUGCUCACGAAGCAGUCCAUCUUCUGCUUUUGCGCGAUCCCCCAGACGAUGGCCAUGGCGACCCUCAGCCUGUGCUUCAUGAACUACGACAUGUUCCAGCGGCACAUCAAGAUCCGCAAGGCCGAGGCCGCCUCGCUGAUCAUGAAGUCCACGAACCCGCGCGACGUCGCGUACAUCUUCCGCGACUACGCGCGCCGCAUCCACGCCCGCGCGCUUCCCGACGACCCCUCCUUCCUCCGGCUCUCCGUCGCCUGCGGCCGCAUCGAGCAGUGGUGCGAGCGCCACUACCCCUCCUUCGUCCGCCUCCAGCAGGUCUCCGGCGGCGUGCAGUACGACCCGCGCGACGUCCGCACGCGCGUCGUCCAGGCCGCCGAGGCGCGCGACCAGGCGCUCGCGAAGGAGAAGCGCAUGCUCGAGUACCGCGAGCGCGCGGCGGCCGCGAACGGGAAGGGCGCGAACGGGCUGCUGGAGGACCGCAAGCCUGCGCAGGAGGAGCUGAGCACCGUCGCGCUGCUGCUGUACGUCGCGGGCGGGUUCCUCGUCGUCCUUGCGAUCACGCUUGGGUUCGCGUGGGUGCUGCUCACGUACUUCCAGUAG